GUUUCGGUAAAAAGUUUUGCAACUGAGAAAUCCUUUUCUGCCAGCUGCCCCAAAAGACCACAAAAUGCACGAAGCGUACAUAGUGUAUCCGCCGGAAAAAAUAUCCGUGCAAAUAGAGUCAAUGACCGGUUUCGAUAACAAAUUGAUCCUCGGCACCCGGCAGGGCCAUCUGUUGAUGUACUCGUUCGAGCUGAACUCGGAAACCAACAAGCUCGAUCUACAGCUGCUACAGUACGAUAAGAACUUUAGCAAGAAGCCCAUCACACAGAUCGAUGCCAUCGCGGAGUACAAGCUGAUGUUCAGUCUGACCGAUGGGCUGUUGAACGUGAACGACUUCAGCCGCCACGGAUUUCCCCUGAUACACUCGGCCGUGAAAACGAAGGGCGCUACGGUUUUCGGGUUGGACGUAAAGCGGUCAAAGUCACUGACGAGCGACAUUGCGAUCGUCUGUCGAGUGUGUGUGGCCGUCAAACGGAAGCUACAGUGCUACUACUGGAAGCAGGACCACCUGCUUACCUUCAUCAACGACAUCGAUUUGAACGAUGUUCCGAAAACGGUGGCGUGGAACAAUCAUUUCAUUUGCGUUGGCUACAAAACGGAGUACGCCCUCUACGAUAUCAGCGGCGACAUGCCACGGAAAAUUGAUCUCUUCCCGACGAGCUCCUCCAAGUCGAUCGAACCGUGCAUUACGCUGAUCGAGGACAGUGUUUUCGCGGUGGUAAAGGACGAGCUUCUCAUCACGAUCUACACCGAAAAGUACAAGCUGGACGAGCGCGAAGGAACCAACAUGUCGGGAUCGGUGAAACCGCCGGAGGUUGCCAAUGCCGUGGCGCUCGGUGACAAGCGUACGAUGAACCUGAAGUCGCUGAACUGGAGCGAACCAUUCCAGUGUCUGGUGUGGGACGACCCGUACGCGAUCGGGCUGAUCAACGAUGCGAUCGAGGUGCGCGUGUUUGACAACGUCGACGACAAGGGCACGCUGAUACAAACGCUGCCGCAUAUGCAGAAGGCACGAUUUCUCGCUCGCGGCAAGCAAGGCCUACUUUACGCAGCUUCCGUUUCACACCUCUGGUGCAUCCAAGCGGUGGACAUAUCGAAACAGCGAGAGCAUCUGCUGCAGCAGGAAAACUUCCAAUUGGCCCUCAAGCUAACCAAUAUUUCCGACGAAAAUGCCGAGUUUAAGGCAACGAAGAUCAACGAAAUUCAAACGCGCCACGCGUACAAUCUGUUCGUGCGGAAACUCUUUCGCGAAUCGAUGCGCGAGUUCGCCGACCUGGACACCGAUCCGAUCGACGUGAUACGCCUGUUUCCGGACCUGUUGCCCGACAACGGCAAGCAAAACAAGCUGCUGGAAAACAUGACCAGCAAGCCGGUACCGGUGCUCGAUGAGAAAGAGCUGGAACAUGCCAUCCUGGCACUGAUUGACUACCUGGCCGAGAAGCGGUGGAGGUUGCAGAAACAGCUGAAGGAGGGAGCUAGCGAGGGAUCGAGCAAAAACUUUGCCGCCCUGCUGGCCAUCAUCGACACGACGCUGCUCAAGUGCUACCUGCAGACGAGUGAUUCGAUGGUGGCAUCCGUGUUACGCAUGAACCACUGCUAUCUGGAGGAAUCGGAACGUGUGCUGAAGAAGCACGACAAGUACGUUGAGCUAAUCAUUCUCUACCAGACGAAGGGUCAACACAAGCGCGCCCUGCAACUGCUACAGACGCAAGCGGAAGUCCCGGGAUCACCUCUGUUCGGGCACGACCGUACCGUGCAGUAUCUGCAACAGCUGGGAGCGGACCACAAGCAGCUGGUGUUUGAGUUCGCCGGCUGGGUGCUUGCGAAGCAUCCGGACGAUGGGCUGAAAAUUUUUAUCGAAGAAAUCCCCGAGGUUCGCAACCUGCCACGGGCUGAAGUGUUGGACUUUUUGCUAAAAGAUCACAAGCCGCUAGUGAUCCGGUAUCUGGAGCACGUGGUUGACGUUUGGCACGAGGAGAAGGCACUGUUUCACAACAUUCUCAUCCAGCAGUAUCGCGAGAAGUUGCUCUCACUGAAGAACGAUACGGAUUCGGAGUACGACAACCUAAAGAAAAAGGAACUAGCGUUGGUCAAUGAAAAGUUGCUGAACUUUCUGAAAACAUCCAAGUACUGCCACGCAGAGAAGCUGCUGGGAGAGUUCCCGUACACGGAUCUGUUUGAGGCUCGCGCGAUCAUUCUCGGUCGAUUGGGCAAACACGAGAAGGCACUGGCCAUUUUUGUGCAAAUUUUGGGCGAUUUCGAGAAGGCACUCGCGUACUGUAACAGCACGUACGACGCGAACAAUCCGCAGCACAGCGACGUGUACGUGACGCUGAUGAAAAUCCUUCUCACGCCACCGACGGCCCCACCGUACAGCGAUGUGGAGCUACACCCGCGGUGCCUAAAGCCCGACCACGACCUGGUUCUGAGUAUCCUCGAGCAGCACGCCACGAAGAUCAAUCCGUACACGGCGUUGCAGAUCCUGCCGGACACGAUUCCGUUGGCACGCAUUAAGCAUUUUCUCGAACUUUCCCUGAAGUACUACCUCGAGAAGAAGCAACGGGCGCAGGUGCUAAGGGGUCUGCACUACGCCGAGAACCUGCAGAUUAUGGAACAGAAGAUGCACUACGAAUCAAAGCAUUUCCUCGUGACGGACCUGAGCGUGUGCACGGUCUGCAAGAAGAAGUUCAGCAACCAAAGUGCGUUCGUCCGUGUGCCAGAUGGGAGCAUCGUGCACUUCUCCUGUCAAGAUCGGAUAUUCUAA